GAAUGGUAAUAUCGUCUUUGAGACGAAAAAAAGAGAAAAAAAGAGAAAAAGGGAAAAAGCCAACGGGCUGAACCUGCAAGAAGAGAAUCACACGAGUGCGGAAACGCAGAAUUUUGGCGUUUCUGUCUCACUGCCCUCCAUUUCUAAAACCCUCCACCUCACUUUUUCCUCCCUCCAUAGAAGUUUGGACCUCUCUCCUCCUCCUCAUCUCUCUCAGUUCCUCGUUUGACGUUUGUGCAUCAGCUGGCAAGGCAGUCGGGUCAUUUAAUAAAAAUAAUUUGCAUAUAUUAGUAUUAGUUUAUACAAAGAUCCGGUGGCUCCAUAUUCAGUCAGAAAGAGCCAAGAGGUACUCAAAAGAUGAACUCUUCCAUGUUUCUUAAUCGGCCAAACAACAUUCAAUCCUUUUUUCUGUUCCAAAACCACGCAAGCCUCAAAUUCAAUCUUUUAAAGGUUCAAUUUCCCUCUCCUUUUGCUGAAUUACCUAAGAAUAAUAAAUACUACAGAAAAGUUUCCUUUCCACGAAGCUCUCUGGGAGUUCAACUACGGCAUGACUCAGUUGAAUUCCGUACAAAAUCAUUCUCGCGAGUUAGGGUUUCUUCGGAUGACUCUCCGUUCGGUUCAUUAGGGGAUGAUAGCGAGUCGCAAGCGCCGCGCUUUGUGGAGUUCAUAACAUCGGAGAGGGUCAAAGUGGUUGCUAUGCUUGCUUUGGCACUCGCGCUUUGUAAUGCGGAUCGUGUAGUGAUGUCUGUGGCGAUUGUUCCCUUGUCGCUUAGUCACGGAUGGAGCCGAUCCUUCUCCGGUAUUGUUCAGUCCUCUUUCCUUUGGGGAUAUCUAAUUUCUCCGAUAGCUGGAGGGACUUUGGUUGAUUAUUAUGGUGGUAAAAUAGUCAUGGGAUGGGGUGUGGCACUGUGGUCAUUAGCUACCUUUCUUACUCCCUUUGCUGCUGAAACUUCCUUAUGGGCUUUAAUGGCCAUGCGAGCUAUGCUUGGUGUAGCAGAAGGUGUGGCUCUUCCUUGCAUGAACAACAUGGUAGCAAGAUGGUUUCCACAGACAGAGCGUGCCAGGGCCGUUGGAAUUGCAAUGGCUGGUUUUCAGCUUGGAUGUGCAAUAGGACUGACGCUAUCGCCAAUUCUCAUGUCACAAGGUGGCAUUUUUGGGCCAUUUGUAAUUUUUGGACUCUCUGGAUUCCUUUGGGUUUUGGUUUGGUUGUCUGCAAUAUCAAGUACUCCUUAUCGAAGUUCCCAGAUUUCAAAAUGUGAAUUGGAGUACAUUAUGAGCAAGAAGCAGAAAUCUUUUCCAGUGGAGAAUAAUCCCAAGCCAGCCAGAGUUAUCCCACCAUUCAGACGAUUGUUGUCUAAAAUGCCAACAUGGUCCCUAAUUGUCGCAAAUUCGAUGCAUAGCUGGGGAUUUUUUGUUAUUCUUUCCUGGAUGCCUAUAUACUUUAACACGAUAUUUCAUGUUGACCUUAAACAAGCAGCCUGGUUUAGUGCUGUUCCAUGGUGUUUGAUGGCAUUCAUGGGAUUCCUGGGCGGCAUGUGGUCAGACAUGUUAAUACGGAGUGGUACAAGUGUCACUUUGACUCGCAAGAUCAUGCAGACAAUCGGUUUUGUUGGUCCUGCGAUUGCUCUUAUUGCUUUGACUACUGCAAAAAGUCCAUCUACUGCAUCUGCAUGGCUUACUUUAGGUGUUGCACUGAAAGCUUUUAGUCACUCGGGUUUUCUUGUGAACUUUCAGGAGAUUGCUCCACAUUAUACUGGUGUUUUACAUGGAAUUUCAAAUACUGCUGGGACUUUAGCAGCCAUUGUGGGAACAGUUGGGGCAGGUUUCUUUGUUGAACUGGUGGGUUCAUUCCAAGGAUUUCUGUGGCUCACAUCGCUCUUAUAUUUUCUGUCCGCCCUGUUUUACAUCAUCUUUUCUACUGGAGAAAGUGUGGAUUUUGAUUAAACUGUUUUGUGACGAGUUUUACGUCUACAAAUGUACAGAGUCUACAGUUGAGUAGGCAGUGUUUCUUAAGGUAACGGGGAGAUUGGGUUGCAGGGAUCACCGGCUUCUGUGGGGGCAGCGGAAUCAUAAAUUGGAAGCAUUUGGUCAUAUCCUUCUUCCCCUAAAGUUUGGUGGGCAAGAGACUUGAUCGGAGGAGAUUAGGUGAAAAUUUAUUGCAAUUGAGGAUAUUGUACCAGCAUGUAAUAUAUUUUAAUUAUUUAAAAUAUAAUAAUAUUUUAUUUAUUAAAGUUA